AUGGCGGAUGCUGUAUGUAACAUCAUCAUCAAGCUUGGGAGAAAGAUCCAUUCACCAGAAACAGCCACCAAGCAUGUCAAAACACUGCUCCAGUUAGCUAUGAAGAAGAAGUUGAAGCUUGAUCCCCUUCUACGCGAUGAAAUCAUGGUCACCGUGCUAUCCGAUUAUCCAGAGUUCUACGCUGACUGGUCCUAUGAUGACACUAGUGAGCUCUUGUUGCUGGCCUCCGAAGCGAGUGAUGAGAUUAGUCCAGUAUCUAUUCCAGAGCCCUCAGAUGGAAAUCGUUCUGGGGCGUUUCUUCACUACUUUGCACAGAGGGCUCUUGAGUCAGAAGAGAUCUCCCGUCGUCGAGCAGCUGCACAACCCCUAUACCUACAGGCUGCCGAGGAUGAAACUAGACACCGCCUUGAGAUUCUCCGUAACAGGUCAAAUACUUCUGAUUCCCCUUUUGAAAUCUCUCCUGAUAAGCCUGAUGAUUUAGCCUCUGAUGCUAUUCCGUCUGCUGUGCCAACUGUUUCUGAUAAUGUGGUUGUGUUAAUAUCUGUGAAAUUCUCUGUGUCUGAUGAUCCCUCAUGCAUCCCCUCUACGAAGCCUGAACCUUUGAAGGAAGUUGUUGAUGUUGUGUCUGAUGAGAAAGAUAAACCGUCUGAGCAGUCCAACAAUCUGAGUUUGGUUGUUUACUCUGCUGAUCAAGUUGCUCUGCCCCCUUCUGAAAUUGCUGCAUCUCCAAAAGAACUCUGUCCAUCUGAAAAUCCCACCGGUUUACCCACAGAAAUUGAGACUGCUGAUCCCUCAAGGUCACAAGUUGAGGGUGUUGUUCAAAAAGAACCAUAUCGUGUGAUUCAUCCUUCUGAGUCAUCUAGUGAAGACGAUAAAAUUCUUGUUGAAGUCUAUGGCUCGCAAGCUCCUGUGUCUAAGCCCCCAACUGUCCACUCUAUGUCUCCAAGCCCUUCUGCUCAUUCCCCAUCCAAAGAGACAAGAAAAUCCAAACGGAAGAGUAUCCCUAUGAAAGUGGUUGUGGAAUCUGGUGAUGACAAUCUUGAUGUGGUUCAACCUAAGAAGAAGAGAAAGUCUGAUGAGUCUGUCCAUACUGAAUCUAAUCCUCCUGUCCAACAAGUGUUCAAGACCCUGCGAUCAUCUGUCAAGCAAAAAGCUCUUGCUGUGGUUCCUACAUCUUCUACCCGGAAGGGGAAACCAAUUACUCGCUCCAGAGGACGAAGUGUUACACCUGAGGUUCAACCUACUGAUGCAAAUCCUGAUACAUCCAUCUAUAGACCUCAGUUUGUCUCCUCUGCUGCUCAAGGAAAAUGGUCCACGAUGAUCCGGAGAGAUCUUAUUGUUCAGAGGUCUGUUGAUGAACACUAG